AUCAUAAAACCAGAAAAAUAAGUCAAUCAAUGAAAUAAAAAAAAAAUUUAGGUUCUCGUGGGAUGCUGCACUCUCAAGUCAGUGACAAUAUCAAAGUCCUGAAAGAUUUUGUCCUCAAAAUAUAAUGUGAGUCAUCGGCAGUGACAUUUGGUUCACAAAACCCCCACAACUACUUCAGCUGACAUCAAUCCACUCUGGAGUGCAUCAGCGUGAUGUUUUUGAUCUGUGAGCAUCACUCGGGCCCUUAUUUUUUUUGAAGUAUUUUAUUAAACAUCACCAACGGAAGUACAGAUGAGAAGAGGAGACGAGGGAAAGGAAAGGAAAUGUGGAAGGAAAGAAAUUCACCUGAUGCCAUCACACACACACUUACAUGUUACACAGUGGAAAGGGGGUACAGGAAGUGAUGUCACACGGGAGGCUGCACAUUGGAAAGACAGACAGACAGACGGUUGCUAUAAAACCUGACAUCAAGUCUGCUCACGGCAACAGACAAGAGGACACGGUGAAGAUGGACUUGUGGUGCUCUCUGCUAUUCAUCUGUUUGCUGUCCAUCAAUGUGCCUGACUGCAACGCCCGCGAGCUGACGCAUGUUGACGCCGACGCGUCGACAAUUUCUAGGCCCGCCGCAUUAGCUCACCCAGGCGCGACCAAAAUGCUCCGGCCAGAUCACCGAGCGAAGGCGGAGAACGACGUGACAGAGACCAAGAGGAAGGCGAAUCUCACCGGGAAUGCGUCGCUGCUGGAUCGGCUGUCCGCCGGUGCCAUUAACACCAAACAUGCAGGAAACAGGAACAGAGUGACUGAUUUGCCACGGCGACGUCUCAGCCUUCCUCCCAUGGACAGGAUAGGAAUGAGACACCUCCCAAACAGAAGAGGCUAAGAUGCCGCAUAUCUGGACAAGGUACUGCACGUAUGAUCCGCCCCUCGUCACAGGCUGCAGUCACUCAGUAACUGGAAUGCUCCACACAUCAAUCGAUGCACCUGGAAGGCAAGCAGUGAAACAACUUUUUUGUCUCCUUUAAAUACAAAAUAAAUGUUUUGAAAUGUGUUUCUGUUUCUCAAAACGCCACUUUUUGUUAUGUUUUUAAUAAACAAAGAGUACUGUAUUGGAAGAAAACAUUAAAG